ACAGGUGACAGGUGCACUACAGGGAGCCUUUAUCGCAUCAUCUCAUAGCAACAGCCCAAGCCGCUUAGCAACCGGACACACGGUGCUGGCGGACAUCCAACUUUUGACAGCAUCACCCAGCCCGCCCCCGAUUACCUCUUUUUACUUCCUUGUUUCUCAUGUUGUUUUGAGUUUUGUUUUAUUUUUCUCUCUCCCUUCCUCAUUCCCCUCCCCCCGCCCCCUCCCCUUUCUGUGUCGGUGAGGGUGUUGUUUCAAAACAAAAACAAAAUCGUUGUCUGGAAAGAAGGAAUGGCCGCGGGUCUCGCCGCUUGCCGCCUCCUCCUCGUCGUCGUCGUCGUCGCGCUGCUCUUUGGCUGCCCGGUGUCUUGCGACCACAAGAGAGACUUCUCCGAGUUACCUGCCCACCGAGUGGAGGUCUUCCAGCAGCUGGCGACCCUUAGGGGCGCCUCCCGGUACAAGCGAGAAGCCCCCCGUAGUGGCAGUGCCCAGCAAGAGGGAGGGGUGUCCCUCUGUGGGACUGGGGCCUCAGACCAGGCCAAGUUAAACAAAAACACCCACAAGUGCACAUUUGACGACGAUGAUGGUUCUACUGUAACGUUGGCUUGGGUCGGAGAUGGAACUGGGAUCAUUCUUGCUUUGACUACUUUCAACUUGCCAGUUGCUUGGUUGUUUUUUGGUGGAUCCUCACGACUGUACAGAAGCAAGGAUUAUGGGAAAACAUUUACUGACGUUUCGAGUCUUGUCAACAACUAUUAUAUACGAAAGGAAUUUGGAAUUAAUGUAGGACCAGAGCAUUCCAAGAAGGUAAUUCUGACUGCUGAACCAAAAUACUUCAGACAUGGAAAUAAAGGUGGCAUAAUAAUUCGAUCGUCUGAUUCAGGUGAAACAUUUGAUUCUGUCCAAUUGCCCUUCCACCCUGGCCAGCCAAUGCACUAUCAUUCCUCCAAUUCAGAUCUUCUGCUGGCCCACAGUACUAAUCAUACACUGUUUCUUUCUCAGAACUUUGGUAUAAGUUGGUCAACGAUUCAUAAAUUUGUCUAUGCAUUCUCAUGGGGACCUGGAAAUACCAUAUUCUUCACGACUCAUCCUAAUGGCAUUUAUGAUAAAAACGAAAGAGGGGUACUGGAACUGAAGAAGACAACAGAUUUUGGAAAAACAUCUAGAACACUUCUCACGAAGGUUUACUCCUUUGGUUUUGCUGGCCGCUUCCUCUUUGCCUCCAUUAUCAGUAACCAGUCGCUGCCCAGAUCUGUUUAUGUAUCUGCUGAUCAGGGUGAAUCUUGGAAUAAAGCUCAGCUACCUCCUGUUAGCCAUGAUCAGUUUUACUCUAUACUUGCUGCAGACAGUGAAAUGAUCUUCAUGCAUGUGGAUGAACCUGGCAAUACUGGAUUUGGUACAAUCUACACUUCUGAUGAUCGAGGAAUUCUAUUCUCCAAGUCGCUGGAGCGUCACUUGUUUUCUGACACAAGUGGCACAACUGAUUUUACAAAUGUUACGUCACUACGUGGAGUCUACAUCACCAAUGUGCUGGAUGAAGAUAACAAUAUUCGAUCAGUGAUUACAUUUGACAGUGGAGGCGAGUGGAAACCUUUGAAAAAGCCGGACAAUAGUCAUUGUGACACAACCAAGGAUUCAAAGAUGUGUAACCUUCACAUCCACGCUGCAUACAGCAUCUCUCAGGACCUGAAGGUCCCCCUACUCCCACUCAGUGCCGCAAAUGCAGUUGGAUUGAUUUUAGCCCAUGGUAGUGUAGGAGAUGCCAUUUCUACAAUGAUCCCAGACGUUUAUGUAUCUGAUGAUGGAGGGUAUACAUGGUCAAAAGCAUUGACUGGCCCACACUUUUAUGCCAUUCUCGACUCAGGCGGCUUAAUUGUAGCAGUGGAAUCCAAUCCAGACAAGGCCAUACACACCGUAAAGUACUCAACUGAUGAAGGACAAUGCUGGAAAAAUUAUACCUUCACAAAUGAUUCAUUUAUAUUUGUGGGGCUUGUGUCAGAACCAGGAACCAAGUCAAUGAAUAUCAGUCUCUGGGGAUACAGACAGGAAAGCAUUUAUUCAACAACUUGGCUGUCAAUAACCAUCGAUUUUGAGGAGCUCCUAACGAGAGACUGCCAGGAAAAGGAUUAUGUCAAGUGGUUAGCUCAUUCCACAGACGCUGGUGAGAAAAAUGAUGGCUGCAUUUUGGGAUAUCGAGAAACAUACCAGAGGCUUGCAAAGGCCUCCGUUUGCAGAAAUGGAAGGGACUAUAUUGUGAACAAAGAACAAAGUCUAUGCCCGUGCACAAAGGGUGACUACAUGUGUGAUUUUGGUUACUACCGUGAAGGAGAUAGUGAUGAAUGUGUAGAGCAGCCUGACUUGGCUGAUCAUGUGCUGGAAUUCUGCUUACAAGGAAAAGAAGAGCUGCUGAAAACACAAGGGUAUCGAAAAGUUCCCGGUGAUAAAUGUGAAGGUGGUUUCAUGCCCAAUCGAUCAGAACAAAUCACAAACGUGAGAUGUGAGAAGGUUUUGUCACUGAAAGAUCCUCAGUUACCCAAGAUUACUGUUGUCAUCAUUGUAGUAAGUGCGUUGGCAGCAGCAGUGCUGAUGAUGAUCGGCGUUGUUCUUAUUUUUAAGAAAUAUGUGUGUGGAGGAAGAACCUUGGUCUAUCGUUAUUCAGUCCUGAAAACCAAUACUGAUGAGGCCUGCAUUGCUGAUCAUCUGGACAGCAGCAGAACAAGCACUGAAAGAGUUUAUCAUGAUGAUUCUGAUGUUGAUCUACUGGAGUAAGCCUGUACUUGGCCAAGCUGAAAAUGCAAAUUAUUAUUUGCCAACUUAACUCUGCAAAAUGGACUUUGAGUCAUCAAGUUAUAAAUGUGUAAAGAUAUGGUGUCUGCUCCUCCUGGCAGUUUGUCUUUCCUGCUGGACAGUUUCCUUUGCCACCUGUUGCUGUUUGCAAAUUUAUAGCAAGUCUCCUUUUUGCGACUUCUAAUAAAAACAAAAUGGUGAACCUGUAA